ACCAAUAGGUAUUUAUGUUGGGCGGGAUCUUACCUUGCGUGCAAGUAAAGGGAAAAAAUCAGAAAUCAGCCGUUCAAACUAGCUAAUAUUUACGAACGGUCAUGUAGCUAAUAUUGAUGAUGGAUUAUCGAAAAUUAUUUAACGGUGGAUACGGAGACAGAAACUCUGAUCAUCACUAAACACAACAUCAGGGACCGGCAACCUCUAUUUCCACUGUAGGGGUACUACCAGUGUACCUGUGGGGCCACCAUGUCUCUUGCUCAGAGAGUCCUCCUCACCUGGAUCUUCACCCUGGCCUUCCUCAUCAUGCUCGUCCUCAAACUAGAUGGCAAAGUCCACUGGAACUGGUUCCUCACCUUUCUACCCGUAUGGAUCUUCGACGGCAUCCUCCUCCUCAUGUUACUCGUCAAGAUGGUCGCCAGGUGUAAAGCGGGACACGACCCUCGUAACGGCUCCCAGGACCUGAAGAAGAAGGCCUGGUACCUGGCGUCCAUGCUGCUGAAGCUGGGCUUCUGUCUGACGCUGUGCGCCCGGCUGGAGAAGCUUACCCAUAUCAAGCUCACCUUUGUGUGUAUUCCUCUGUGGUGCAUGUUGCUGGGAGCCAUGGUGGAGCUGGGCUAUAACAUCUUCCCCGAGAGGAGAGAGGCAUGAGCGAUGGAUUGAGGAGAAUGGAAAGGAGGAGGCUCUUCAGAGAAGGCUGGAAGGAACACACACAAACCUAAUUCUUUAGUGUGGUUAUUUCAGCUGUUUGCGAAAUCACAAACUCUCCUUCGUUAUGACAUGAAGUGUUAUCCCGUUGACCAAGCUUUGCUCUCGUGCCAACAGUACUGCUUAUCAGAGAACAGAUCAGAGACUGUGCCUUCAGGAGGUUAUAAAACGGAUGUAAAUGGUACAGGUCAUGUAGAUGUCAGAUAAACUAAUACAAUCUAGCAAAGACAUGUCACAUUGCUAGCUAAGGAUUUCCAGACAUUUUCCUUGACGUCAGCAUCUUUUGUGUUGUAAAAUCUUUCAUACUUUGUGGAACGACAAAUGAUUGUCGUAGUGUUUGGAAGACGGGGCUCUUCCUAUGUAAAGCCAUUCAGUUUAAAUGUGAUCUACCUGUAGUGUUUGGAAGAUGGGGCUCUUCCUAUGUAAAGCCAUUCAGUGUUUUGUGCCAUUCAGUUAAAAUGUGAUCUACCUGUAGUGGUACUGUCUCCAUUUAAUUUUCACCAUUUGAAUAGUUGAUUUUGACAUCAAUCUGCAUAUUAUUUAUUAUUUUCCUUUCAGUAUUGUGUGAAUGGAUGUCACUGUUCCAAACUAAAACAUGCUCUGAUUUUGUUUAUGGUGCCUUGUGAGCUGUUGACUCCAGCAUCAGAAUAGAUGAGCAGGCAAGUCUCAAUGCACUACCAGUUGUAUUGGAAAGAUGGCAGUAGCAGCAUGUUGGCCUACUUGUGUUCAAUGCAAUCCUCGACAGUGCAAUAAUCAGUUGUAAUACUGGGCUGUUUUGAGGAUGUAUCAAAGAACUUUACAACUUGCACAGACUGAACAGCCUCAUUCCAUGUACUCUCAGUUCAGUAAAUGUGUACUACUAACAUAAAAUGUCUCAACCAUGAUGCAUUUGGGGGGGGGGGUAUUUAUCCCUCACUCUGAAAGGAGACUGAAUGUGUUCUCCGUGCCUGCCCUUUUUUUAAAGGACACAUUUGUCCUGACAUUCACACACACAUGCAUAAACAUCUUCCUCCACGGUCUGUGUGUCAGGGCUACACUCUCCCAUUGGGCUGCCUCCCAACCCCUCAGGUCCUUCUGUAUGCCACACCCUCUUUGGAUAGCCCCAUAGGGCUCUGGUCAACAGUAGUGCACUAUAGAAAACAGGGUGCCGUUUGGGACACACCCUGUGACUGGACCAAGAGUUUGAGGCUCGCCCAUCACACUAAUCUGAUUAUCUGACAUUCAAACCAUGUGGGGCCAGGGCAGUCUGUCAUAGCUUCUAGCGAGGUCUCUGUUGGGCGUGUACUGCUACUGCACAUUCUGAU